UCUCACCCUCUUUAGAGGUGGGGUUUGUCACUGAGGAGUGUGCUGCAGUCUGUCAGAGAGCUACUUGCUGUCGAAAGCAGAGCAGAGCAAGACACAUAGUGGAGAAGAAGAAGUGCCAGAUGUCAGCAGAUCAGAUCCUGACGGUUUAUGUGGAAAAGUGAAAAAGCUGAAUCAUCAUUCAAUCAGAGGAAAAUGUAGCUUCUUCUCGAGAGGAAUAACUCACUUGUUCAACUUAAGUCUGUUUCUGAAAGCGAUCCUGCUUUUGUUGGGAGUCGUUGAGGACCCCGCAGUGACUGACAGUGAUGGCUUCACAGGGUCAAAUACAGGCCUGGACGUUGCUCGCAGUGCUUCUGCUGGGAAUGACCUCCUCUUCGCAGGGUUCCCUCGUGAAAGUCAACAAGCGUCUAAAGGUGAAACGGGGUCAGUCGGCCUACCUUGACGAGGGCGACCUGCAGUUCCAUAUUCCCCGUCGGAAGGAUGCGUGCAAGGUGGAGCUGGUGUUCAACGAGCCCAUAACUCAGCGAGUGGGAGAACUCAUGCCUCAGGUUUUUGAUUGCCAUUAUCUGGCUGAUGAGGUGAAGUAUGUCCACAAUGGAUGCCCACUGUUAAAAGAGGACACUGUCAAGCUUCGACUGUACAGGUUCACAGAGACAGAGACACACAUGGAGGUGUUUACUCUUCAUGUGGACAUUGUGGAACCUGAAUGCAGCAUUAUAAAGCUUGGGCCUCAUUCCUUGAAGGUGCCUGAAUUCUACAGCCUCUCUGAAGAACUCGAUGGCAACGCGCUGUCUUUCCACUACGAGCGGAGGUCUAGCCUGGAGUGUAGCAUCCAUCUGACCAGCCAUGACACCCACCUGCCAGCCCAUGGCCAGCUGGUCACUGGAGAGCCAGAGAAAGCCACCAAGAGAGGGGACGAGCCAGAGAGUUUCAUCCCCUUACGUCAGCAACUAGAUAAUAAAGCCAGAGCGACGUGUAAAACCGAGGACUGCCUAAAGGGUCUGAAGCUAGUUAAGAUGACCAAAAUUCCCUGUGAUGACUUCCUGUUAAUGGGACUUCGGUAUCAGCACAGAGAUCCUCCAUCUCCAGAUAUAGAUUAUAUUACUAUUCGACUGGACCUCAAGGACUCCAGGAGUGGCAGCAUAUACAAGUCUGAACAGAUCUGGAUUCCAGUGCGGAUAGUUGGUGCAAUGCCCAAUCAGCCUCCGAAACCAUCCUUCAUGUCCAUGUUCAUCCUGGAAGUGGACCAGUUCAUCCUCACUCCACUUUCCACUGCUACACUAGAUGCUGAAGAUGAGGAAACUGUCAAACAGCUCUUGGUUUUCAACAUCACCAAACCCCCUGUGGACGGCUUCCUCACUCAUCUGUCCGAUCACACCCGCCCAAUCUCCUCCUUCACAUGGCUGGAUCUCAAUGACAUGCUCAUUGGGUAUCAACCUCCGAACUCUUCUCAUACUCAACGAAGGAAUUACGAGAUUGAAUUUGAGGUGCACGAUUUUUUCUUUGAGAAGAGCCCAUCAAUGACUGUGCACGUGUCUGUAAGGAAUGCAGACACGAAUGCACCCAGAGUUUCCUGGAACAUGGGUCUAAGCCUAUUAGAGGGUCAGUCUCGUCCUAUAACGUGGGAUCAGGUCCAGAUUGUGGACAACGACAACCUGAAAGCUGUCCGUGUCAUCACUGUGGACGGUCUGCAGCACGGAAGGCUCACUGUUAGAGGUGGAAAAGGCUUCAUGUUCACUGUUAACGACAUCAGAGCAGGCGAGGUUUGCUAUCACCAUGACGACAGUGACUCAACCAAAGACUUCAUUAUCUUCCGUAUCACUGACGGUCGCCAUCAGACACGGCACAAGUUCCCCAUCAACAUCCUGCCGAAGGAUGACAGCCCUCCUUUCUUCAUCACCAACAUGCUGCUGGAGGUGUCUGAGGGCCAAACAGCUCUGCUCAUGGGCUCCACCCUACAGGCUUCAGACAUGGACUCAAGUGACGACUACAUCCUAUUUAACAUCACCCGCCCGCCGCGGUCAGGAGAAGUCAUGAAAAUCCCAGGACCGGGGCUCACAGGUUACCCUGUCAGCCACUUUCUGCAGAGGGACCUGUCACAGUCCUUGGUUUACUAUCGACACCUUGGAAACGAGGUGUUUGAUGAUUCUUUUGAGGUGGUGCUGUCGGAUUUCCAUGACCCCCCAAACCUGUCAGAGCCGCAGAUGGUGCUGGUGCACAUAGAAGCUGUUCCAGACCAACCACCUAAAGAGGUUCCUGGGGCCAGCCGGUAUCUUGUGAACAAAGAAACAGAAGUGGUCCAUAUAACACGAGAACAGCUUCACUUUGUAGACCUGGAGUCCCCUGACAGUGAGCUGACAUACACAGUUACUACUCCGCCUUUCCACAUUGGUCCUCACAGCACUCCUGAUGCAGGGAGAUUGUUCCUGGUGGACAGUAUACCCAAAUUCACCAAAGACUCCAAUGCACCUGUUCUGAGGCUCUUCACGCAACAUGCAGUGAACUUCAUGAAAGUGGCCUACAUGCCUCCAAUCAUGGACAUCGGGCCUUACCCCCAGCACAUCCAGUUUGUUCUCUCUGUCACAAACCGCCUGGGCAAAACAGUCACUGGGAUCUGCUUUAACAUCACUGUGACACCAGAAGACAACCAGCCACCACAGGUCAUCACCAAUGCUCUGACUGUAGAUGAGGGAGGGGAGUGCUGGCUUGGCCCUGAACACUUGCUGCUCUCAGAUAUGGACUCUAUGGAGGAAGCCCUGCGGGUGGUGCUGCAAAAGGAACCACAGCAUGGAGCCUUGCAACUCGGUGGCCUCCUGCUCCAACCGGGCCAGGCGUUCACCGUGCAAGACGUGAAAAGCUUUAAAGUUAGUUACAAUCAUGACAACUCAGAAACUCUAGAGGACAACAUUGAACUCUCUGCAACGGAUGGAAGCAAUUCAGUCAGUUUCAUCCUGCAAGUGAAGGUGAAGCCCAUUAAUGAUGAGGUCCCGGUGUUGGUUGCUGGUUUGAAACCAGUUCUCAACUGCGCUGAGGGUCAGGAGAUCACCAUCACAGCAGAGUACAUCUUUGCUUCUGAUGCAGACAGCGACAACGGCAGCCUGGGCUUCUUGAUUGCGCGGCAGCCGUAUCAUGGCGUGGUGCUACGAAAUGGUGUCGUGAUCGAUCACUUCCUCCAGGCAGAUAUCACAGCUGGGAUCAUCACCUACAAACACACAGGAUUGGAGAUUGGUCUCACUCCUCGCCAUGACACCAUCACAUUUGUCAUUUCGGAUGGAGAAACUGAAAACUCUGCUCUGUGCUGCGGGGGAGGAAAUCCCACCAGGACCAGAGGUACAGCGCAGCUCCGGGACAGCCUCCCUGUGUACGACCUCCAGAUCAUGGUGUUUCCAGUCAACAGCCAAGCCCCUUCAUUGGAAACAGGAGACAUCUUUAUGGUGGAUGAAGGUGGAACUGCCCCGAUAACUUCUUCUCAUUUGAAGGCCUCUGACGUGGAUACCGUCCUGGAUGACCUGGUGGUCAGUCUGAUUUCUCCACCCCAGUUUGGUUACAUUGAAAAUGUCCUGCCAAGUCCUGGCUUUGAGAAAAGUAACACAGGCAUAAGCAUAGCCUCAGUUUCAUUCAAAGACAUCAUUGACGGUAAGGUGAACUAUGUACAGUCCAGACACCAGAGGAUGGAGCCCACAGUCGACCAGUUCAUGCUCUGUGUGUCGGAUGGGAAACACAGUUCUGCGCAUGUGCCCUUCUACAUUAUUAUCAAACCAACAAACGAUGAGAUCCCAGACUUUGUGGCUCGCAAUAUCACAGUACGAGAAGGAGAAACGAAGCAGCUGGACUCGUCUGUGCUGCACGCAGCGGAUCUGGACGUCCCGAGGAACGUCCUGCUGUUCAGCAUCGUUAAAGCCCCUCAGCAUGGCAGCAUCAUUGACCACAACAGUGAAAGGCCCAUCAGCAAGAGACAAGAGGCUAGUCCCCACUCACCUGUGGUGGACUUUACGAUGACAGAUCUGGCUAAUGGUAUGGAUCUGAUGUAUAUGCAUGAUGACUCUGAGAAUAUGGAGGACACUUUUACCAUCCAGUUGACAGAUGGCCGGCACCAGCUCCACAGACAAGUGAUGGUUAAAGUUCUGCCAGUCAAUGAUGAAGAGCCUCGGACUAUAAGGAACAAUGGGCUGGAAGUGGAGCCAGGUGAGACAAGGCUCAUAUCCAGUGCAACACUGUUUGCACAUGAUGGUGAUAGUCCCUCUUCUCAGGUCAUCUACACAUUUGAGAGUGUUCCUACCCAAGGACUACUUCAACUUAAGGAGGGUCAGGACUGGGUGACGCUGACAGCCGGAAAGAAUUGCGCCCAGGAAAUGGUGGACAUGAACCUUCUGCGCUAUGUGCACACAGGCCUGCACGCCGCCAAAACACAGGACUUCUUUGUCUUCCACUUGCUGGACGGAACGAAUCAAUCACCACCACAGCACUUCCACAUCUCUGUCAGAGAUCUUGAGAAAGGAAAUAUCGCCAUCUUUGUAAAACCAGUGAACGUCAGUCGGGGUGACCGCGUGGUUCUCACCACAGACGUACUGUUGGCCACAGACGGCACAGAAAAGCCAGAGGAGCUUAUGUAUGUCAUCACCAACCCUCCUGCUCAGGGACACAUAGAGUACAUCCAUCAUCCUGGACUGGCCAUCUCCACCUUCAGCCAGAUGGACAUAGCAGCAAACCUCGUAGCUUAUGUGCACGACAAUCGAGCAAACGCACACAAAGAAACCUUCCAGUUUGUUGUGAGUAAUGGGAAGACCAGCCGAAAUGGAAGCUUUGAGGUCACAGUGGAAAUGGUGGAUCGAGUUCUACCAUCUCUGUCCUCCAACAAAGGCAUUACGGUCCCCCAGGGUUCCUCCAUCAUCCUGGGUCCUGACUGCCUUGCCCUUUCCGACCCAGACACUCCACCCAGCGUCCUGACCUUCACCCUCCUCCAGCCUCCACAGUAUGGCAGGCUGCUUUUAGUGGACACCACCCUGACUGCGGGGUCAAACUUCACACUCAGACACAUACAAGAGAUGGAGGUAUCAUAUAAACAUGAUGGAGGGCCGUCACAGAUCGACCGGUUUGCCUUCACGGCCUCUGACAGCACCAAUCGAGGCUUCCUCCUGGAUGGGCGGUUACAUUUGGAACCAGUGUUCUUCACCAUUCAGAUCAAGCCUUUGGAUAAGUCUGCUCCGGAGGUUGUGAAGCUACUCCCUCUUUGGAAGGCAGAGGUUCUGGGCGAUGGACGAUAUGGGAUCUAUCUGUCAUCGCGGGAGCUGAAGGCCCACGAUAUCGACAGCAGAGAAGAUGAGCUGAUAUUAUCCAUUGUUCGCCCGCCCUACUUUGGUUACCUAGAAAACAUGACAACAGGUGGCUUUGUGACACAGAGCUUCUCUCAGGCGGAGCUGAACAAGAGAACCAUCAUCUACAUCAUCAAUCCAGACAGGGAGUCUCUCUCAGACAGUCUGGAGUUUACAGUGUCUGACCCUCUAGGGAACACAGGGCCCUCUCACAUCCUGGAAUUCAGCUGGUCCAGCGUGGAGCUGUCUCUGUCUCAGCUCUCUGUAUGUGAGGAGCAAGGGGGUGUCUCGCUGGACAUCAUCCGCAAGGGAAACUUGGCAGAGUCAUCAUAUAUCACUGUCAAGGUGAAGGCUGUGACUGCAACAGCUGGUAAAGACUUCCUUAUAAGUCCUUCUUCCCUCAUUCAGUUGGAUCCAGGAGUGUCAAAGAGGAGCUGGCAAAUCGAGAUUAUUCAGGAUUACCUUGAGGAGGUCGAGGAAAUGUUUGAAGUGUUACUCAUCUCCCCUGAAGCCACAACAAUAGGCAUCAUCAACAUGGCUCAAGUCACCAUCAGGGAUUCUGGAAGAGGGCAGUGCAGGCUGAACCAGGAUCAGGAGGCUCCUCUCCUUGGAGGAAAAGAGAUUAGGUCAGACACCUACCCCCGGCAUGGAUCCAUUAAACUGGAAAAACUUCCCUUAGGCACCGAAUCAGUCCUCUGGGCCCGCGGAGAGAGCAUCUCCACACCUGCACGUCUCCCAAAAAAGAAACUCAGAGUUAUGGACAAUCCAAAGUCUAUUAGACCUUCCUCAGUUUUUCACAAUGGAACAGAGAUUGUUUACACGUAUCAUGGCAUCAUGCAAGUGCAAGUAGAGGAUGACACCUCCCCAUCAAGGAAGGGCAGAAAAGCAAACAUUCGGGUUGUUAGCAGAGGCUCACAGCAGCACGCGGCAGCCGCGCUAACUGAAUCUAAACAGGGUCCUCAAAGAAAGAUCUCAGAACAUCAGAAAACGGAACUGGUUAAAGGACAUGCUUCAGCUGAUAACUUCAUCCCCAAGCCCUGUGUGCCAGCACUGAUGGGACUCCUCCAUAUCAACCAAACCACUAAUCAGCUCUUUCACUGCAACGGUGUGUCCUGGAAACCCUGGGCACCAACCGAUCAGAUGGUGGGAGCUCAGAAGUGUCCUCAGGGCUGGACCUUUCAUAGUGGCCAGUGCUACACCCUCAGCACUGAGCACAAAGCCACCUGGAGCACAGCUAACAGAGCCUGCAGGGAGAGAUAUAAAGGAAGUCUAGCAAGUGUUCUCUCUAAGGAUGACAUGGACUGGUUGUGGGACUUCAGUGGAAGAAAACCAUUUUGGAUUGGUCUGAAUGACAGAGAAGGCCGAGGACGCUGGGAGUGGGUCGGCGGCGAGCCGGUCACCUACACCAACUGGAGAAAAACGCCCCCAAGGUCAAAGAGGAAGGGAGGCAAAAAGUGCAUCCUGGUGUGGAGAAAAGCCAAGUGGCAGAUACGGGACUGUAAAACCAGCAGGGGUCAUCGCUUCGUGUGUUCAGUCAAGACUUGAAUGUGAGAGUGUCACAGCCAUGAACCGCUCAGUGUGGUGUUUCAGAGGAGUUGCAGGAAGGACUCAUUCUCAGGACAUUGACAUGACGAUCAGUGGGAUCAUUGCAGGAACUGAUUUAUUAUGAACUUUGUGACAAUUGUUGUGUCUAAAAAGUAACCUGCUACACUGUGUGACAUUGUUUACACAGCAUUUAUUCACAUUAGCCACUGAAAGUAUUGUCAUAUGCUAUAUGUAAAUCUCACAAGAUAAUUUUAAAAACGUAUUUAGCAUCUUUGAACUAUUUUAGACCCAACGAAGUCUGGAUUAACAACAGGGGCCCCAGGUUCACAGAUUUGUCAACUAGUUUGUGGUGUAGCCACAUUGUUGCACAUGAGUUUGUUGAAAUUGUACCUGAAGUGUCCAAAACCUAGUUAUAAAACUUGUAUACUUUCAAUUUAUGUUGUGCUUACACUGUACAUAAUGAGGUUGCGUUUAAUCAUAUUACCGACUGUAACAGUAUUUAAACAGACUAAUGAAAAUACCA